AUGUCCGUGACGUCGUCCGCCCCCCCGCCCCCCCUGACGUUCCAAACCUUCCUGGAGAAGAUGCGUCAACCGAGCGCGGGCUCGCUCGUGCGCGAGGUCAAGCGUUUCAUCGCCGAGCUCGACGCUCGCGGUGGAGACGCGAGUGCGAACGAACGCGUCGAAGAUCUCCCUCGCGACGCGUCCUCGCUCGGCCGCGAGGUACGGGCGUUCCUGAAGAAGACGGAAGCGGCGUUCGAGCGGCACCCGGCGUGGGCGAACGCGUCCGCGGCGGAACUGGAGGCGAGUGGGGAGGGAUUGGAGAAGUACGUCAUGACCAAGGCGCACGGACGCGUCUUCGGACGGGGACGGAGAGACGAAGAGAGAGACGUGGCGCUGAGACGAAGGAUAGCGGCGCUCAGAGAACUGAUUGAAGCGAAGAAUUUGGACGUCGCGGAGAGCUCGCACGCGAGGGCGUCCUGGGCGCUCGCGGAGAGUGAGCUCGGAAAGAUGAAUCAAUUCAAGGCGCCGAGAGAUAAAUUGGUGUGCGUUUUGAACACGUGUCGAAUCAUCAACAACACGCUCACGUCGAGGCAAGGAGGGGACGGUGGGGCGGAUGAGUUCUUGCCCGUGCUCGUGUACGUCACGCUGCGGGCGAAUCCGGAGAAUUUGGAGAGUAAUUUGAAGUACAUUCAGAGGUUUCGAGGCGAGUCGCGUCUGGUGAGCGAGGCGGCGUACUUCUUCACCAAUCUCGUGAGCGCGGUGGCGUUCUUGUCCAGGGCGCAGGCGAGCGAUUUCACGGAUGUGAACGAGAACGCGUUCAACGCCGCGUUGUCCGAGGCUGGAGUCCUGGAGCCGAUUGACAUGGACGACGACGACGAGGAAGAAGAAACGGACGAGGCGGACGACGCGUCGACGAGCCCGCCGCCGCCCGCUACGAACGGGUCGGCGACGAUGGGAACCCCAAAACCGACGACACCGACGACGCCGAUCUCUUUGGAAGAGAUGACUUCUGCGCUGAGUGCGUUAUCGGAGCAAAGACGGGACGAGCGCUCGCCUUUGGAGUUUGACGCGUCGGCGCCGGCGCCGGCGACGCCGGAAUCGGUGGCGCAGAGCAAGAGCACCGUCUUGCCUGUUGAGUUGCACACGCCGAUCAUUGAUGAUGAGCUCGAAUCGUUCACCGCGGGUGUUUCCUCCAGAGGCGUGGCUGAUGCUACAAAAUCCGCCGCGCCCGCGUACAUUCCUUGGCGCACGACGGAGGACGUCGAGGCCGAGGGCGCGACCGCGCUCACCGCGCUGGACGUCGCGGGCGAGCUCGCGCUUUCUGACUAUAAGUUCCUCUACGCCAAGGUGGACGACUUGACCGUGGGUGACGUCUCGAGAUUGCUCAACGAUUACAAAGGAUUGGCGCUGCAGUACGAGAGUCUCAGUCGAGGCGUGGCGAAAGUCCUCGCGAGUCUCCAUCGAGCGCCGUGA